AGUGACUGCCCGUCUCGGACCCUCGCCCAAGAUGACUGCCCGUGGCCUCCUGUUGCUCUGCCCGAUGAGACUUGUGAAGAGCGCUGCGUUACCAUGGUGAUCAUCUUCUCCAAAAGCCUGGAAAAGAAGAAGGGUGUCAAUGAUGUAAGGCCCAAGAGCAGCGAACGACAGCCGCGUGAGCGCCACACCAUGAGCAGAGGGACGACCCUCUUCUCUUGUGGAAGUGCUGGUGAGUUGUCUACUUUGUACGGGGGAGGGAGCGUCCGUGCCGGUGGGGGGUUCUCCGGUGGCCACUGCCUCGCCAUGCAGCGUAGCUCCAGCUUCAGUUUUCCUUCUCGUACCAGCAUCUCCACGGACGGACCGUUGGACCUGCCCUUUUUCAACCAGCGACUGCCUGCCCACCCGCACUUCACCGCCUCCCCCGUGUCCCCCACCACGCCUUCCUCGCAAUUCCCCCAGUCCUACCGUGGCCACUGCCUGCGACCUCUCUCCCUCUCCCACGAGCAGAUCAGCCUGCCCCAACUCCAGAGGGAAGAAGCUUCAGAGGCCAGCUCUCCGGAUUCCACCCCGGAACUGGGACGGCGGUCCGGCCAGAGAGGCGACGGGAAGGGGUGCCUGUCUCGUAGCAGGUCGCAGCCCUGCGUGCUGAACGACAAAAAGAUCGGGAUGAAGCGGCGGAGGCCAGAGGAUGCCCAGGAGCAAAGGCCCUCGCUAGACCUGGCAAAGAUGACUCAGCAACUCCAGACUUUCCAGAGCCUGAGUUGCCCCGGAUUCUCCUUCUUCGAUACAUGCCAAUCCAGCCUGCCCCCGUCGCGCCACCGCCAAUUGGAAUUUACCGCCGUGUCCGAGCUGGGACUAGAACCGCGGCAGGAGGCGAUGAGAGACGGCAAGGAUUCGUCCGAUGAGGAACUGGACAGCGACUCUGCGUGUAGUGUGGGCUCGAGAUCCGGCUCGCCGCGGGAAAAAAUUGCCCUCUGGAAGGGUGACCGCGCCUCAUCCAGGGAUAUUUUCCAGCUCGGGGGAGAGCUGGACCUCGAGCAGAUUGAGAGGAAUUGAGGCGGACGUUGACAAAUGAAAAGGGGUAAGGAACAUCGCGACUCAGUUGAAAAGGAAAGACGUUGGACUAUCGCAAAGGACGCAGAGCAUUUGCCUUGAAACAUUGGGACUAUUUUGAACUUGAGUUGUUUCUGUGCUCAGGAGUGUGAAAGUAAGGGGUUAGUAGUCUUAAAAAAAAUAAAAAAUAAAAACACACAUACACACACUGAUCCGCCAUUGUCUUCCCAUCUGGUGAGCUCUACGACGUUAGCUUAGCUUAGCAUCUCUUUCCUACAACUCAAAAGUGGACGCAGGAAUGACCGUGUAUGCUAGGAUACAUGUGUCCCUGCCCUCGCUGAAUGUAGGCUCAAUAAGCUUUAAGACGUGGGCUGCAUUUACAUGGACACUCAUAUUUUGAUAAUAACCAACCCAUUAUGGAUCCGUUUGCUAGCACAGACUUCCAACAAGCAGAAGUUGUAGUGCCAAUAAUGUAAAGAAUAUCCCGAAACUAUACUGGUUCUUUCAGUCCAUGUAAACACAGCCAUUGAAUUCCUUCCUCCUUUUUUGUAGUUUCUUUAUAUGCAAAUUGUAUAUUUGAAUUAAAUUCUUAAAUGGAUAGUUCUGAUAUCAAUGUUUAUUUUUCUAUUUCUAUGUUUUUUUUUUUUUUUUGUUAAUGGAGCUGUUUGUAUGCGCAGGGAGAGCGUGAGGAGGGAUGAUCUUGGACGUGGAAAUAAAUCUCCUUUCGCCACCGA